AUGGAUGAAUGUAAACCGGCUAAGACACCAAUGCAUCCAACCUGCAUUCUGGAGAAAGAAGAAAUUAGCCAGAAGAUUAUGCAGGAGACAGAAUGGAGCGUAAGAGUACAUAUGGGAACUGUCAGUUCUUGGGAUCCACUAGAACAUAGUGAUCAAUUGGACGCCUCUGAAGCCUUCAAACUGAAAGGCCUCUUUGAACAAGUCUGCAACGACUUCAUAAGAGAUGCUGGUAUAAGGCUCCAAGAUUGCUUGGCCAGAGAAGCUAAGGAACAGGCUAGGAAGGAACCAGAAGAGAAAGCUCGACUGGAAGAAGAACAGAGGAUCAAAGAAGCUGAAGAAAAGGCCGUUGCUGAAGCUGCUGCUGCUGAGGCUGAGGCAAAAGCUAAAGCCGAAGCUGAAGAAGUAGCACGUGUUACUGUAGAGGUAGCUGCCAAGGCCAGGGUUGAUGCUUUGACUCAGGGGGAGCAAUCUAACUCUGGUUUUGCCCCUAUAGUCUUAAAGACUUUGGAGGAAUCGCAAAAGGAACAACAAGUGGUACGAGUUAGGCUGGAUCAUUAG